GAUCAUGAACACGCUGUCUCUCUUAUCAUUGCCUUUAUGUGCCGAGGAAAUUUGGCUGGGUUUUGAUUGGGCCUGCCAAUGUAGUUCCUGGUACCACUUUGGUUAAAUUUGUUUAAUGUGGUUUAUGUACUUGGGUUGAGGUGAGCUAUCGAAGUAAUUUACAUCACUUGUUUACAAGUUUGUCGUUAUAUGUAUGUAUUCUCCCUCCGUCUGAUUACUUAAAUUUUUGGGUUGACGAUUUAAACACAGAAUUUUAGCCAAGUCUUAAUUCGAUAUUCCCUAGUCAAUAUUCUUUGUUAUCUGUGGUUCUUGUCUAUCCUAUUCGCGGUUUGUUAAGUGGCAGUCUUGAAUGUGGAGACGUGAAAUUAGAUGGGUCACAACUGCACUGAGGGAUGCUGGUCUUGAAUCAUCAAAUUUAAUCCUUGGUAUUGAUUUCACAAAGAGCAAUGAGUGGUCAGGCAGAUAUUCCUUUGGGAGAAGAAGUCUUCAUGCCAUUGGUAACACACCUAAUCCAUAUGAGCAAGCAAUUUCUAUAAUUGGCAGAACAUUGUCCCCUUUUGACGAAGAUGAACUCAUACCUUGUUUUGGAUUUGGCGAUGCAUCAACACAUGAUCAAUCCGUCUUCAGCUUUUAUCGCGAUCAUCGUUAUUGUCAUGGUUUUGAGGAAGUGCUUGCGCGUUAUAGAGAGAUUGUCCCACACUUGAAGUUGUCAGGGCCCACAUCAUUUGCGCCAAUAGUUGAUGCUGCCAUUGAUAUUGUGGCUAAAAGCAACGGGCAAUAUCACGUCCUUGUCAUUAUUGCAGAUGGACAGGUUACUAGGAGUCCUGAUUUACCUCCUGGGAGAUUCAGUCCACAAGAACAGGCAACCGUAAACUCCAUAGUAGCUGCCAGCCAAUAUCCACUCUCCAUAAUUUUAGUUGGUGUGGGAGAUGGACCAUGGGAUGCAAUGAAGCAAUUUGAUGAUAACAUCCCUCGGCGUGCAUUUGAUAACUUUCAGUUUGUCAACUUCACAAAAAUCAUGUCUGAGAACACAGAUACUUCAAAGAAAGAGACCGCCUUUGCUCUUGCUGCUCUCAUGGAGAUUCCCUUUCAGUAUAGAGCCACUCAAAGCAUUUCGCAUGUCAAUGAUGCAGUGACUGGUCCUCGUACGAUGCCACUUCCACCCCCACCCGAAGUCAGUGGUCGUGACAGCUUGGAAAAGCCGAACGCAGAUAGUUCUCCAAAAACUCAGCAAGCAGCUCCGGCAGAACCGGUUUGCCCUAUUUGCCUUACAAAUCCAAAGAACAUGGCCUUUGGAUGUGGCCAUCUGACAUGCAAGGACUGCGGCGCAACACUCUCGACUUGUCCUUUGUGCCGACAGCCAAUUACAACCCGUUUGAGACUGUAUACUUAAGUCGCCACCUUGAAUAGUUGGGCUUCAACCCUUGCAAGAGCAAUAGUGAAAGUCUUGCCUUGGCAUCGGAUUGUCCAGUCAUCGACUCGUGCCAUUACUCGCAGUAACCAUUGAAGAGAGUAAUCGCAACAGAAGCAAAGAUGAGCUGAUGAUUUUAUGUAAUGGAUAACCUAGUCGUGAAUACAAAAACUGUUUGCCGAUUGACUGCGUAUCCUAAGCAAGUUGUGAUAUCGUUUUCCAUCUCCAUGCUGAUACAUAAGUUAUUCAUAGAGUGUAUGUGUAUAUUGGCUCUAACAUUCCGUAUUUCCUCACAGAAUGGAUAGUAUGCGAUGAAUCUGGGUGAUUUCGUAUUUGAUCCUACACUCUCUUAUCAAUUCCAA